AUGAAGUGUAAUGAAUGUGGAUCUUAAUAGAUCGAGCAUAAUACUGCUGGUGGAGUUUAUGUUUGUAUCUAAUGUGGAAAGGUUUUAGAGAGCAAUACUAUAGUAUCAGAACUUUAGUUUAGCAAUUCUAUGGCUAAUGGCUAUUUCCUAAACUAAAAAACAGGCCAAGGUGGUCUUUAAUUUGGAAAAAGAGCCCUAUUCUCAGAUUCUAGAACUUUAAGGUUAUCAAAAGGUUAUAAAGUAGUUGAUGGAAUCGCCUCACAACUUGGAAUGAGUUAAUACAUUGUUGAAGCGGGGCAAAGAUUUUUCAAAUUAGCUUAUGAAAAAAAUUUCAUUUAGGGUCGUAACACUAGGCAUGUGGCUGCUGUAUGCCUAUAUAUAGCCUGCAGAAAAGAGAAAACUCCUCAUUUACUGAUUGACUUCUCUGAUGUUCUUCAAACUAAUGUUUAUAUUCUUGGAAGUGUAUAUUUAAAGCUAGUCCAGAGAUUAUUCUUGGAAGUUCCUCUAAUUGAUCCAUCUAUAUUUAUUCACAGAUUUUGCUCGAAAUUAGAGUUCGAAGGAAAAUCUCACCAAGUUGCUCUCACAGCAUUGAGAUUAUUGCAAACAAUGAAGAGAGCAUGGAUAACAACUGGUAGAAGACCAAAUGGUCUCUGCGGUGCAGCUAUUUUGAUAGCAGCUAGAUACCAUAACUAUAAGAGAAAUAUUGGACAGAUAGUUAGAGUUGUCCAUGUCUGUGAGGAGACCAUCAGAAAAAGACUAGACGAAUUUAAGAACACGAGAACUGCAUAGUUGACUAGAGAUGAAUUUCAAUGUAUUGAGUCUGGUAAACCAGCUGAUACUAAUAUUGGAGGAUCAUUGAUUCGCUUGGAAAAAUCACCAAGUUCUGCAAGUAUCGAGGAAAAUAUGGAUCCUCCCUCUUUCACCAAGAAUUUAUGCAAGAAAAAGCUUGAGAUUCAAGAGGAUUUAGAUGAAAUUCAUAAGAUGAUAGAGGAAAAAGCUAAUUAAAUAGAACAAAGAUUGGUAAGAUAUGAUAGUACUCGUAAUCAAAACUAUGAAGAUAGCAAAGUACCUCAAUAAGAAGAGAUAAUAAUGAUUAAUACAUCUACUGUGCCAGAUUCAAAUCAAAAUUAAUUGGUUCCAUAUUUUACUAGUGCUUAAGGGCAAGGGUAAAACAUGCUAGGUGUCCAAAUGCAAGAUACAAGCAGACUUUAAAUGGCUUUGAGAUCAUUUGAAGAUAAUGAUGGAGUCGAAACACUAUCGGAUGUUGACGAUGCAGAAAUAGAUCAAUUGAUCCUAACUGAGGAGGAGAGAAAAUUAAAAACAAUACUGUGGAAUAAUUUAAAUAAAGACUGGAUUUAAGAGUAAUAUGAAAAGAAAAGACUCAAGAAAGAGAAAAGAAAACUCAAAAACCAGGGCAAUAAAAAAUCAAAAUAAAUUAAAAAAUAAUUAAUUGUAAGAAAUGCAACAAAUCCUAUUGAUGCAAUAAGAAAUUCAGCAAAACUAGGCAACAUCAACCCUAGAAUCCUUGAGUCAAUAUUUAAAAAAGAUAACUGA